GCGUCGCACCGUCAGUCUGCCGUAACGUGGCGGCGCUGCGCUCGUGUGUGUGCUGCAGGAGUGGCUCAGUGACUUCGAACUGUCAUUGUUCAUGUAGUUUUCUGUGAUAAGAAUUACUGUGAAAUUAUAGUUUAGCGAACCAAUUUACACAAUCACGAUGUCCGCCUCGGGUGAAUUCGGUAAUCCUUUACGGAAGUUCAAGCUGGUUUUCCUAGGAGAACAGAGCGUGGGGAAGACGUCGCUCAUCACUAGGUUCAUGUAUGAUAGCUUUGACAACACUUAUCAGGCAACAAUCGGUAUCGACUUCUUGUCGAAGACCAUGUACCUGGAGGACCGCACGGUGCGGCUCCAGCUGUGGGACACCGCCGGCCAGGAGAGGUUCCGCUCCCUCAUACCCUCGUACAUCCGAGACUCCACCGUCGCCGUCGUGGUCUACGAUAUCACCAAUGCAAACUCAUUCCACCAGACGUCGAAAUGGAUCGACGACGUCCGUACGGAGCGCGGUUCGGACGUCAUUAUCAUGCUGGUUGGCAACAAGACGGAUUUGUCGGACAAGCGGCAGGUGUCCACCGAGGACGGCGACAGGAAGGCCAAGGAGUUGAACGUCAUGUUCAUAGAGACCAGCGCUAAGGCUGGCUACAAUGUUAAACAGUUGUUCCGGCGAGUGGCGGCCGCGCUGCCCGGCAUGGACUCCGCCGAGAACAAGCCGCCGGAAGACACGGUGGACUUGCAGACGCAGUCACCGAUGGGGUCGGAGCAGGAGGGCAACGAGAGCGGCUGCGUGUGCUGAGCGCGCCCACACACUCCCCGCUGACAUGCACCGCUUCAACGCACAAAUAUUAUGUAUCGAUACAUCGGACGCACACCAUCGAUAUCGAUAUAUAUCGAUACGAAAUAUUUUUACGUACCUACUGUAUUUUAUUGUUUAAAUAAUGACCCGUUAAGAGAAUUAUUUUGAAUAUGGAAUAUCGAACACGUUUAGAAAUGGCAUGUGACUUUAAUAAUGACGUGCGACACCUAUGUAAUCCGUAAUAAUCGGCAUGCAAUAAGGAACUGUGUUCCACUGUUUUUAAUUAGGAGACAACUCGAGUGUGAUUUCUGAACGAAUUUGUGUAAGUUAAGAGCAGUGUUUGCGCAUUACAUAGUGUCGCUGAAAUCGUAUAUGAUUUGUUAUUGGCUUGUAAUAAAUCUCUGUGUUUGAAGUCUUGUAAAACGUUCCUUUAUAUGUUUUAAGUGCUGAAGUAAAUGUCUGGUAGGAGCAAGACUGGUAUUGCAUUUGUUUUUAUUGUCUUGCUAAAGUUGCGAGUUACUUUUCUAGACUUAUUAAAGGAACCGUGAUUUAUCGCCGCUAAGUUUCAAACGUCACUAAUAAUAUGCAUAUUACAUCAAUAAUUAAAAUCUCUUUCAUGGAAAUCUUUGUCAACAUAUUUUAAGAUGGCCGCCAGCCGCGCCAUUUUUCAUGUAAUUAAAUCAGCGGUUGCUUGACACCUUACCUUGUAUAUUUUAAAAUGUAAAAACGUUAAAUUAGUUUCUCGUUGGUAGAUCUUUAUUUCCUUGGUUUGUAUUAUAAUUUAAUUAAUUAUGUUAUUAUAUAGAGCUGAUUAGACGUUAUGGUUAUUAUGAUCUUUGACUUUUUCUUUCGGAGAUCUGGCUUCGGUCUGAAUAUACUGCCUUUUCAAUUAGAACUAAAUGUAUGCUGGAUUUUGGAGUUGGUUAUUUACAUAUUGACUUUACACAUUUCGGACAUAUUUCAUAAAUAAAACAGUCUUUGUGACUUAACAAACGACAUAAAAAUAUUGUGUUCAGUGUUUUGUAUACUAUGGUAAACUUAAGUUUCUGCAAUUAAUAACAACGGAAAAAAAAUGUUGUCGUUGUCUAAAAAAAUUGAGUUAUUAGCAGUCCACACUUAAAUCAGGCAACAAAAACACACUUCUGCUUUGCUCUCCUUGUACAUAGUUUAUUGUAAAUGUUUUAUUAAACUGUGUUUAAUUAAAUACCCUUUAUUAAGCCAUUGGUUUGUGCAUUAAAUACCUUGAGAAAAGUUACAGACACACCGAUCUCAAGUACACAAUGCACGCAACGUAUGCAACAAAUGACGUGAAAUCUCUUGGUUAUAUGAAACACGUGUGUUAUAUGCAUCGUGAUAACUCGUUACGUGGGAUCAGUUUGUUUUAACCUUAAUUUGCUCACAUUUUACUGAUAUCUGAAUGCCUGAACAGCAGUUACGGGCUUCAUGACCCUUUCGUGUUUUGGUUUGAAUUUGUUAAGAUGAUAACACGGAAAAGGUAACUGCUGGAUAAGACCUAACGGGCGUUUAGUUUUGAGUUUUCGGUUCUCAGAUCUUCAGCAUUUGAUGGAAUAAUGCUUAAGGCGAUUAACAUUCUGCCUCGCACCUCGCUGCACGUUGCGUGGUGGCACUACUCACUACUGAGGGCUGUGCAGAGCCGCAUCUUCUUUACGUAUUUGUGUCUUCCUGUGUAUUAAUUUUCUGUGUAAGUCACUUGAUUCAACUCUGAAUUGUUACGGAUUAAAGUUACUAUGAAAAGUUGCAACAUGUGAUUCGUGGCGAGACAUUCAAACUAGCAAUAAAUCUUAGACUGAAAAAACUUGCAAAUAUCGGCCAAUAUUCGACCUUGUUGCUUCGACCGCGCUGUAGCGAUAAAUCUCCUGAUUAGAUGUAAUGAGGUCGGUUAUUCGAUAAUUGAUGAUAUUUAAUGAUAUAAACGUGUUGAAUGCAGAAAUGUCAAUGGCCGAUAACGUGUUCAGUAAACAAAUUUUGAAUGUCUCGCUUCCUCUUCUACCACUGGUACUGUAAAGUAGCUCUUACACGAGCAAUCUAAGCAUAUUUUUGAGUUACUGCUACCUGAUAAAUACCAGUUUCAAAAAUAAUGUUUCGAAAAAAGUUGUCUAAUUACUACUUGCAAAUUUUGAUCAGGUGCUAACAGUUUUGUAUAGCGAACCCUUUGUUUUUGACAUUUAACAUUUUCAUGAUCUAAAAAUGUGAUUAAAGUCCUUUUUGGCGCUAGAAACAGUCAGUAAAUGUAUGUGGAGCUAACACUUUUCUCAUUGAAAAAUCUUUUUCUCUUUUCUCAAUUUUCUUAUUGACACAUACCGAGUAAGAUAUGACUAAAACAUUGCUUCGAAUUGAGCAAGUAUACAUACUUGCCCAUAUAAGUACUAAGCACUUUCUUGUACUAAGUUCGCUAUUUAAACGAGACACGGCUUAUAUUCAGUUUGAUAAAGAUUUUAAAGACUAUAUAAUUUAUUAAGUUUAAGCACAACUUGUAAAUGUUUCAGUAUUCUCAGUCCUAGUAUUUGAAAGCGGUCGGAUUAAGUUCUUAACUAAUAAUGAUAAAUUCAAUUGUUUUCCAAUCGGUUCCUUAUUUAAAAAUUGGAUGAGAAAAACGCGUUCACUUCCUUUUCGCCCAUAAGUGUUAUUUUGUUUUUGUCAGUCGUAAGUGGAACGUAGAGUAUACGUUUACUAUUCUUUCUCCUAUUAUAACAUAACGAACGCGGUUCAAAUUACAUAAAAUGGGAAAUUCGUGCGAAAACGCAUUUACCUUUGAUGACUUAACGUUUCGGCCGUGGUCGCAAGCACACUGUUAUUUAUAACUUAUUAUUCUUUUUGUGAAACUAAAAAUCUUGAAAUAAAGCAAUGAUUGUGUAAGAAAGGAUUUACAGAAAGUUGGUAUUGCGAAGAGGUUUUAGUCUGUAGUCAUAUAAAAUUGUAAUAGAUCUCCUUAUCAAACCAAUGAGUCGUCACACUCUUAAAUAGUUAUGUAUUUAAAAAUAAGCUAUUCUUAAUUUGCCUUAUUCUAAGUAUUUAAAUGAAACAAGCAUUUUAAGACUGAUAUUAUUCACUAUUCAUUGUAAUUAUUUGUUAUAAGAGUUAUUUAUAUUUUUAUUUUAAAAGUACCGUAUGUUUUAUUCUUAUCACAUACCUACGAAGUUCCAUUAAAAUUGAUUGCACGGUUUAGCCAGAAAACAACCACUAACAGUGUCAUUAACGAAUUGACAAGUUAAGUUGACCUGAAAAUCUGUAUAAACCUAUGUAUUUAAGUAAGUUGUGUAUUUAUAAGAAAAUUAAAUUAUUAACUGAAAAUAUUUAUAAUUCCUUUAUAUAUGACAUAACUAUUUGACGAGUGUUGACAUAAGUUAGUAAGCUGUUUGUGAAAUCGGCACGCAAUGUCAAUGCUGUUGACGUCACUGAUAAGAGACGGUUUAGACGAACCAUUUAUAUAAUAACGACUAAAUUAGAGCUCAAUUUUAUAUUCCCUGAGGGUUGACCGCAAAGCUGCCUGAUAUUUGUAAAUGUUGCUUUAUUAACGCGCAUCGAAUCUGUACGAGGAGAGUCAUUUUGAAAUAGACAUCUAGUAGACUCUACAUACUAUCUUAAGUUAUUAUAGAGCUGUAAUCUUAUCUAAAUAGGUACGUGAGUUGAUUGCUUGUAAUCCUACAUACUUCUUCGAUUGUACUUAGAGGCUCAUCUUAAGGAUUAAUUGUCAAAGGCAUGCGCGAAUUUCCGCAAUGACGCAACAUUUAUAAGUAAAGGGUUCAUUAUAACUAUUUCAUAAGUAGAUAUUUUGGCUUGCGCUAACUCGUAACAAGAUUUGUACUUUUAGACUUGAUAAUUAUCGCAAUGUGGUUUAAAUAUGCUUAACUGCCAUUCUGAAAAGGUUUUGUAAAAAAAAAUACGAAAUUAGCAUGAUGUUCUAAAUAUUAAAUGCGUUUUGAUUACAAUAAA